CGGAAACCGAAACCGAGGCCGGGCCCUGCUGUCCGCGCCCCCGCCGGCCGCCUGCACCGAGAGCCACGCUCGACCGGCCGCGCAGGCCUCAGCCGCGCGCACCGGACGCGGAGUGCGGGCAGCGCGCCGACUGCCAGGGGCCCCGGGCUUCCCGCCGCUGCGGCGGCAGCACCGGCAGCACCGGCAGGGUUCGCUCCCUGCCCUUGGGAGCCGCGCGCGCAAUGGGCAGGUGCUGCUUCUACACGGCGGGGACGCUGUCCCUGCUCCUGCUGGUGACCAGCGUCACGCUCCUGGUGGCCCGGGUCUUCCAGAAGGCGGUAGACCAGACGAUCCAGAAGAACAUGGUGCUGAGGAAUGGAUCCGAGGUCCUUGACUCGUGGGAGAAGCCCCCUCUGCCCGUGUACACCCAGUUCUAUUUCUUCAACGUCACCAACCCCGAGGAGAUCCUCAGAGGAGAGAAGCCGCUGCUGGAGGAAGUGGGGCCGUACACUUACAGGGAGAUCAGAAACAAAGAAAAUAUUAAGUUUGGAGAGAAUGGGACAACCAUUUCUGCCGUUAGCAACAAGUCCUAUGUUUUUGAACGCAACCAAUCAGUUGGAGAUCCGAGCGUUGACUUAAUCAGGACGUUAAAUAUUCCUGUCUUGUCUGUCAUAGAAUGGGUCCAAGGCCGCCUGCUCACGGACAUCGUGGAGGCCAUGUUGAAGGCCUACCAGCAGAAACUCUUCAUGACACACACGGUGGACGAGUUGCUGUGGGGCUACAAAGACGAGAUCUUGUCCCUCGUCCAUGUUUUCCAACCGGACAUCUCUCCCUACUUUGGCCUGUUCUAUGGGAAAAAUGGGACUAAUGAUGGAGACUAUGUGUUCCUCACUGGAGAAGACAAUUACCUUAACUUCACGAAGAUUGUGGAAUGGAAAGGAAAGACGGCGCUGGAGUGGUGGGCCACGGCUGAGUGCAACAUGAUCAAUGGCACGGACGGAGAUACUUUCCACCCCCUAAUCAGCAGCGACGAACUCCUGUAUGUCUUCCCAUCAGAUUUUUGCAGGUCCGUGUACGUGACUUUCAGCGGCUAUGAGAGUGUUCAGGGAGUGCCCGCCCUCCGGUUCAGGGUGCCUGAGGAAAUACUGGCCAACAACUCAGCCAAUGCCGGCUUCUGUCUCCCCGAAGGCAACUGCCUGGGCUCCGGAGUGCUGAAUGUCAGCGUCUGCAAGAAUGGUGCACCCAUCAUCAUGUCCUUCCCACACUUUUACCUGGCAGAUGAGAAGUUUGUUUCUGCCAUAGGCGGCAUGCAUCCCAACAAGGAGGAGCACGAGACCUUUGUGGACGUCAACCCCUUGACUGGAAUUAUCCUAAAAGCAGCCAAGAGAUUCCAGAUCAACGUUUAUGUCAAGAAACUGGAUGACUUCCCGGAAACAGGAAACAUUCGAACCAUGGUGUUCCCAGUGAUGUAUAUCAAUGAGAGCGCUGUGAUUGAUAAGGAGUCCGCCCGUCGGCUCAAAUCUGUGAUUAACACCACCCUGAUCGUCACCAACAUCCCCUACAUCAUCAUGGCCCUGGGUGUGCUCUUUGGUUUGGUCUUCACCUGGCUGGCCUGCCGAGGACAGGGGGCUAUGGAUGAGGGGACGGCAGAUGAAAGAGCACCUCUGAUCCGAACCUAAGUGAACUUGUCCCUUGUGGGGCUCCAAGAAGGCACUGUGCUUGGUCCUGACCCUGACUGGAGCUGGGCACUGCCUCCACGGUGCCACGGGCUGUGGCCUGGGGAAGGAGGGAAGGCAGGCACGUGUUGAGUGCGUCCUGGCCAGAAGCUGAAGGAUGGACAGGAGGACAAGGCUGGCCACUGUGUUUUUUAAAAUUAUAUGCCCGGAAGUUGUUUUCUCAUGCAUCUAGCAGGUAUCUCAUUAGUCCCUGUAGGGUUUGGGGUUUUGUUUUUUUGUUUUAUUUUGUUUUCAUUGCUGGGUGCUAGUAGCUCCAGAAUUCUGUGAAUUUAAUGUCUCUGCACCACUUUUGUUGACACUACUUGGCCUAACCUUCCUCGGUAUGCUUCAUUUACCAAACAUCGUACUCAAAACCCAUAUGUACUGUUUUGUGUUGUAUUCCUCCAUGUCAAUCCCAAGAAGAUACGUAAUAGGAGUUUGGAACCCAGGGUACAUUAGGAGCCUCAUCCAAUGCACCAUUCUAAUGCAUCUGAUUUCUGCUUAAGAUAUUACAUGUUGCGUUUUAUGCUCCUUCUGAGCUCAUAAAUCCUCCAGGAAAAUCAGUGUGUCUUCUAGGUACUGGGUAGGAAUCGGGAAGGGGUGGGGUGGGGUGGGAAGCAGGAGGUAAUGUGAUGAACUCCUAAGGCUUUGGAACUUGUGUGAGCCGAGGUACCUAAGUCAUGUGUAAGAAAUGUGGGAGAUGGUGAGUACAGACACUUUCUGUUGAGUAGGACUAACUGCCAGCUGUGAUGAUUAUGGAUAGUUAGUUGUUUUUUUGGUCGUCUCAUGGUCUUGAUGUUAAAGAUACCCCUGGGAGAACGCAGUCAGUAACUGAUAUUUCCCCAGGUCACCCUUGCUGAGUGUGCUGCUGUGUUAGCUACAGUUUUGUUGGAUAAUGCUCAGUACUUCUGAAGGAUUGGUGGCAGAGUUUGAGUUUAGGAAAUCCAUCCACAGACUAAACCCCACAGAGACUCGCAAGUUGGAUUGGACCAGGAGACAGUUCUUCUGGGCUAGCCUUCUUGAAAUAGUUUUUUUCAGAUCUGUCCUUUCUUCAGAUUUAGUUUCUUUCGGUGCUUUGGGGCCCGCUGUCACUAAUUAGAGAAGCACAUGCCCUGCACGUCCUGUGACAAUCAUUCUACUGACAGAGUGGCAAGGCUGUGAGAUGCUGCAAGGGAAGAGCUGGGUGCCAAGGUCGUGGAGGGGACCAGAAAAGGAGCCACUUCUCAGAAGACACUCCGAUUUUCAGGGUGACCUAAGGAGGUGCGGGAGCCAGGAAUGUCACAGUGUUGAGAAGGCAAGCAGACCUCAGGGUAUUGAGAUCAUCCGAAUUCUCCAUUCGCUUUUCAUAGAGAAGCCAGUAUCAUGUCCCAAAACAGUGCUCAUGGAAUUUAAUAACAUUUUCCUUUAUUUGUUUUGCUUUUUUAAUACCGGAUUUCAGUGAAAACAAAAGAAAGAAAAUCAUUGCCUUGUCUUACAUCGCUUCUUUUUAAAUGGAGGUAAUAGAGCCCUUUAGUUUACACGUCCCAAUUUCUCCUUUGUCUCCAUUAACACAGUGUGUGGUAUGUUACCAUUCUGGAAGGAGCAAUUUGUGAAACUUGAUUAACUACGCUAUAAAUCAAGGUAGGAUUUUUAGAUACCCCAAGCUAGUAAGAUGUGAAAAAAAAAAAGUUUAAAUUUUGAUCUUCAGGAAUGCUACACAUCUAUAUUUUUAGAAUUUAUCAGUAUUUCACAAGAUGGUUGUCCUAUCUUAACUCCCUUGUACUUUUACUUACCCACGCUAAUAAAAUUGAUAAGCCAGUGCAUCCUCUAAUUCAGGCCAAUCAGGAUAUAAUCAGACACAAAGAGGACGUGUUUAAAUGCAGUAUGUGGCAAAAAUUAAUGCCAUACACAAUGAGACCAAAUCCCACACAGGUGUAUUUGGGUCAUGAUUAUUACUUGUUAGCUGGCUUAAAAUUUGAUUUUUUUUUUUUUUGCUUCCAGAAAGCCAGACAAAACCCACACAUUACAGUCAAAGUUAUGGCUUCAUUCAGAGGAAGGAACGUUAUCAAACUGGCUUUAGGUUGAAAAUAAUAAACUCUUCCUCAUGCGCCUUCUCUGGCAGCCCUUACCCUGGAAAGACCUAAGUGGUCAGCAUUGGCACCUUUGCAGAAUGUACAUGGCCCCCACCCCACCGAGAGAGAAACUGAGGCAGAGAACCUAACACUUCUCUCAGGGACAACUGGGGAUUGAGCACAGGGUGGGGCAUGGGCUUUGUCACCUUCAGCUCCAGACUUUCCCUACUACACUUUCUUUCCUUGUGUUCUAGAAAGAUCACUAAUGGUCCAGUGGAACAAAUGCUAUAUGACUAACCCCUAUUGGGGUUCUUACUUAAAGGGGGCUGAGUUUUCAUUUAAAUCGCUUGAGGUAUGAGUUUGAAAGAAGGGGAUUCUCCUAGGGGGACCCUGGGCAUCAUGCCUGCAGGAAAUCGCCUGUGUCUUCUCAAGAGAACACUAAUCAGAAUGCUUUUCAUGUAGCCUAUGAUUUGGGUUCAUUUCACGUGAUUGACUUGUUUACUUCUCCUAAUGCAACGAGAUGUUUCACUAAUAAAAACUCUUGAUAG